AUGGCUCACAUCAAGGUCAAAGGCUAUGAUAUUCCUCCAAAGAUACAUAUCUUGGUGAACACUUGGGCGAUAGGAAGACAUCCAAAAUACUGGACAAACCCGAAAGAGUUUAACCCGGAGAGGUUUAUCGAUAGCCCUGUGGAUUAUAAAGGAAGACCUUUUGAGCUCUUACCAUUUGGGUAUGGUCGAAUAAUAUGUCCCGGUAUAGCAAUGGGGAUAGCUACGUUGGAAUUAGGACUCUUUAAAUUACUUUACUACUUCGAUUGGAGAGCACCUAAUGGUAUGACACAUGAAGAUAUCGAUAAAGAAGAAGUUGGUACCCUUACAGUCGUCAAGAAAGUACCUCUCAAGCUCGUCCCAGUUCGAGUUUAG